AUGACUUUGGUGGUAAAAUAUUUGGCAGGGAUCAAGGAAUUGAUCCGAUCUUAUCCAAAGGGGGGAAAAUUCACUCUGGUUUCGGGGAAUCAAUCAGCUGACCUGGACUCUGUGAUCUCUGCGAUUUCAUACGCUUUUCUGGCGAGUCAGCACGAAGAGUUUGGGAAGAAAAGCUCGUACAUUCCCCUAGUGAACAUACCGAGAGAUGACUUGACACUUAGGAGAGACAUUGAGUUCGUGCUGAAGAGAGCCAACAUAGAGCCUAAAAAGCUGAUAUUCACAGACGAUAUCGAUGAAAAAUUUAUGAGCAAUUACAGUAUUGAUAUUGUUUUGCUGGAUCACAAUAAUCCCCAAGGCCCCGUGUUGAAAGAGCUUAUAUCCAACCGUGGAUGCACUGUCACUGCCAUAAUCGACCAUCAUGCUGAUGAAGGUCUUUUUUUGAACGCCAAUCCUAGAGUCGUAAAAACAUGUGGAAGUUGUUCCAGUUUGGUGCUGAACUACUGGAGAACCCAGUUUUCAUCCGAUUUGGUGCAGGAAUUGUUCCAUGAGCUGAAGGGUCUGAUCACUGCCCCUAUACUUGUUGAUACUGCCAAUCUGACGCACAGAGUCGAGGACCCAGAUGUUGCUGCAAUUGACUUCAUCAAGACCCUGGGAUUGGAGGGGGCUAUCCUUGGAAAUUAUUUUGGUGAAAUUUCGACCGCAAAGUCGGACGUGGCGGGUCUUUCCGUCAGAGAUAUUCUUCGUAAGGAUUACAAAGAGUAUGAGAUUGGUACUAAGAGCUUAGGCAACGUGCGAGUUGGCAUAAGCUCUGCCGUGAAACCAUUCACUUGGUUUGUACGUGAGUAUGGAUCAGAGGAACUGGCGAAGGGUGUCGAUAGCUGGCGGAAAGAGAGGUGCUUGCAAAUACACAUGACAAUGUCAUCUUUCGUCGAUGAAACAGACGCUUUCCAUAGAGAACUGGAGUUCUUCAGCCAUGAUGAGGACCUUGUGGGCAAAUUGAAGUCUGCUUUGACCGAGAAGUUCGAUCUCAAGCCGUUCAAAAAAGAGCAACUGUUGGACGUAUACUCGCAACUUGAUCUGACUGCUUCAAGAAAGCAGGUUGCUCCUGCCGUUCAGGAGAUUCUUGAAGCGUUGUGA